AGGUUUAGCAGAACCAGAAGCUGCUUUCUUGCUCCAGAAAAGGCUAAGAAUCUGACUGAUUUUCCAGCGGUGAAGCACCCACAACCCCAAUUAUCCAUGGAAAACGUUCAGUUCGAUGGUAUUGAACAACACCCAGAAACCCUAUUUUCCGAUUCGUUGGUUUCUACGGUUUUUGAUUGGGAAAAGGAGGUUGCUCAGAAUCAAGAUAAGGCAGAUUCCGCUACGGGCGAGGAUGAGGAUUCUAGGGUUGAUUCCAUGCUCUGUGACACUAAUUCAAGGCUUAUUCCUACUGGAUUUACCAGAUCUAAUUGCACAGAUGCAGUUGUUAUCUUUGUAAAUGCUGGAGGGAUGGCUUCAAAUGAAGCAGAUUCAAUUAUGAAAUUUGCGGAUGACACAUAUUAUGAAGGAGGUACUGUCUUAAGAACUGAUGAGCAAAUAAACGAGGCAGGAGAUUAUCCAUUCAUCUAUAAGUCUGCAAGAUUUGGGAGCUUCUCUUAUCGGCUUGACAAACUUCCUCCUGGGAACUAUUUUGUUGAUCUUCAUUUUGCGGAGAUUAUAAAUACUAAUGGACCUAAAGGGAUGAGGGUGUUCAAUGUAUACAUGCAGGAGGAAAAGGUUCUAUCAGAUUUUGAUAUCUUUUCUGUUGUUGGAGCCAAUAAAGCAUUGCAGGUGGUUGACUUGAGGGUCUUGGUGAAGGAAGAUGGGAUAAUUGUGAUAAGAUUUGAAGGAGAUAGUGGUAGCCCAAUGGUUUGUGGAAUUUGCAUUCGGAGAGCCCCUAACAUGUUAGCUCCCCGGGCAUCACAUGAUAAUCUUAAAUGCAAACAUUGUGCUGCUGAGAUUGAAAUUUCUUCAGCUGAGAAGAAACUUAUGCGAGCAAAGGCUACAUGUCAAUAUGAGAAGAAGAUACAAGACCUUGCUACACAGUGCCAGCUUAAGACAAAUGAGUGCCAUGAAGCCUGGAUGUCAUUGACUGCAGCAAAUGAGCAGCUAGAGAAAAUUAGGAUGGAACUGGACAACAAAAUUUUCCAAACACGCUCUUUAGAUGAAACUGUAGGGAAACAAGCCGAAAAUCUGAGGAAUAUUACUAGCAGUUAUGGCCAAGAUAAGAAGCGCUGGAAAAUGGCAAUCGAUGAUUUGCAGAAGAAAAUAAAGAGAAUGAAAAGUGAGCAUUCUCAGCUUUCUCGUGAAGCACAUGCCUGUGCUGAUUCAAUACCUGAGUUGAAUAACAUGGUUACUGGAGUUCAGGCAUUGGUUGAGCAGUGUGAAGAUCUCAAACUGAAGUAUAGUGAAGAGCAGGCAAAGCGAAAGGAGCUCUAUAAUCAGAUUCAGGAAAACAAAGGUAAUAUCAGGGUCUUCUGUCGGUGCCGACCACUUAAAAAGGAGGAGAUAGCAGCUGGGAGUGCAACAGUUGUUGACUUUGAUGUAGCAAAAUAUGGAGACCUUGGGAUUCUUACUGGUAGCUCCUUGAAAAAAACUUUCAAAUUCGACAGAGUUUACACACCCAAAGAUAAUCAAGUUGAUGUUUUUGCGGAUGCUUCUCCGCUGGUCACUUCAGUGCUAGAUGGCUACAAUGUUUGUAUUUUUGCAUAUGGGCAGACAGGAACUGGAAAGACAUUUACAAUGGAGGGUACCGAAGAGAACAGGGGAGUCAACUAUAGGACUCUUGAGCUGCUGUUUCAAAUUGCCAAGGAAAGGAGUGAAACUUUUAUGUACAGCAUAUCUGUGAGUGUACUUGAGGUCUACAAUGAACAAAUCAGAGACUUGUUAGCUACAUCACCAACAUCAAAGAAGUUGGAGAUAAAGCAAUCUGCUGAAGGGUCCCAUCAUGUUCCAGGGCUUGUAGAAGCCAGACUUGAUAAUAUCAAGGAAGUUUGGAGUGUGUUGCAGGCUGGAAGCAAUGCUAGGGCUGUUGGAUCAAAUAAUGUAAAUGAGCAUAGUAGCAGAUCUCACUGCAUGCUUUGUAUAAUGGUAAGAGCAAAGAACCUGAUGAAUGGUGAGUGCACCAAGAGCAAACUAUGGCUUGUGGAUUUGGCUGGCAGUGAGAGGCUUGCAAAAACUGAUGCACAAGGAGAGCGUCUUAAGGAAGCUCAAAACAUCAACAAAUCCCUUUCAGCUUUGGGAGAUGUCAUACAUGCUUUAGCAACAAAAAGUAGUCACAUACCAUACAGGAACUCAAAGUUGACACAUCUACUUCAAGAUUCAUUAGGGGGUGACUCCAAGACCUUGAUGUUUGUGCAGAUCAGCCCCUCAGAACAGGACUUGAGUGAAACUCUGAGUUCAUUAAAUUUUGCAACCCGUGUUCGAGGAGUUGAGUUGGGUCCUGCUAAGCGGCAAGUUGAUACAAGUGAGCUCCAGAAGAUGAAAAUGAUGCUUGACAAAGCAAGGCAAGAAGCAAGAUCCAAAGAUGAAUCUCUAAGGAAACUGGAAGAGGGCUUACAGAAUAUAGAGAGUAAAGCAAAAAAUAAGGACCUAAUUUACAAAAACCAACAGGAAAAGAUUAAAGAGCUUGAAGGCCAACUAGAGCAGAAAACUUCUUCUUACAACCAGUCAGAGAAGCAAGCAUCACAACUUUCAGAUCAAUUGAAAGGGAGGGAGGAGAUAUGCAGUGGUCUUAAACAAAAGAUCCAAGAAUUAGAGACCAAGCUUAAAGAGAGAGAGCAGUCAGAGUCUGCCACUUACCAACAAAAGAUUAUGGAUCUUGAGAACAAGCUGAAGGAGAAAAUGCAACAGUCUGAUUUGCAGUCACUCACCCUUCAACUCAAGGUUAAGGAGCUUGAGGAACAGCUGAAAGAGCAGGAACAAAUUCCUGAGUCCAUUUUGCUUCAUCGAAAGAUUACGGAACUGGAAGACAGAUUGAGGGAGCAAGAACAAGUGGUCCGUGAUUUUACAAAUGAAGGGGCCACUCCCAAUGUAGGAAAAUCCAGUGUAAGAGAUGCAGCAGGGUUCAUGAGUGAGAUUGAACCUAAUAUCCUAAAGAGUUCAAAUUCAAUUAAUGGGUCUAAGCGGCCAAGAGUUAGCGAAACUCUCACUGAGAAGAAAAGAUACGCUAGAGGUGAUGAAACAGAGAACAAUGUGAUGGUGCCAACUUCUGUGAAGGGUAGGAUGUCUGAUACACCUAAAGGUGGACGGAUCAUGAGAACUACAAGGCCAGUUAGUAGUGCUGCUCAAGGACCCUUGACUCACAAAAUGGUUUACAGAGAUCAGGUCCAAGGAGUUAAGGAGAGGAUCACUAAGAAAAAGAUUUGGUCUUGAUAAUAUUUGAUUGAUUCAGCGACACUAACUAAGCUCUUGCUAAUCUCUAAAUUUGUAUGUACAUUUUUCUCUUAAGCUGCCCUCAUUUUAUUCAGUAGGCCACAUGUGUAUUCUACAUUCUAUAUAUAUACCAGAUAUGUAAUACUGUUGACUGAGAUUGAACUUGAAAUACGUUCAUCAAUCCGGAACAAAAUAAUGAAAUUGCUUUAUAUUG